AAACAAAACAAUUUGUUGAGAGAGCAGUCUUGUGGAAAACAAUUUUUAUUUGCAAUAAUAAUAUUUAAAUUUAUUAAAAAUGGAAUAUACACGUUCUGAUUGUAUAUUAAGAGAAAUACUGGAGGAACGCAAAUCAUUAACUGGAUUUCUGGAUGCAAUAUUUGGAUUUAUGAGUAGAAAUACAGAUUUUUAUCACAUACAAAAAACAAAAGAUGACAAAUUAGGUUUUCCAAGAGGAGUAAAAGAACAAAUUCUCAUGAGUUGCAUACAAAAAUAUGAAAAACCAUAUGACGAGCCAAAAUUCACAAGGGAUCUUAUAGUUGAGGUACCUACAGUGGUCGCUGAAGAAGUUGAAAUUGCUUCGGAGGAAAAUCAAAAUGAAUGCCAGGAGGUUGUUAUGCAAAAUGAUAUUGAAAUGUUAGAAACUUCGAAAAAUAAUGAAUGCGCUGUAAAGACUACACAGUUUAAUGAGUCGGACUACAAGAAUGGUUCAGUAUUUGAAAACUAUUGUUGGUCACAGACUUUGAAAGAUGUAGAAUUAAAUGUACUUCUCCCUAAGGAAGCUAAAAUAGCCAAACAUAUUAAAUUAGACCUAAAAUCAAAUCAUAUAACUAUUAAAACCUUAUUGCCAAAGGAAAAGAUCUUAAUAAACUCCGAAACUUGGGAUAAAUACAGGCACAACGAUGUUCUUUGGACAAUAACGGAUGGUAAACUCGUAAUAAAUUUCGAUAAACUUAAAGAAUGCUGGUGGGAUAAAUUACUUUUGAGCGAAACUGCUGCAAUAGACAUUAAAACUGUUGAUACUGAAAGACCCAUAAAAGAUUACUCACAGGACACUCAAAAUGCCAUAGAAAAAUUGCAGAUCCAGCAAAGUCAGAAAGGGAACGAUUUAAAAACAUUACCUAUAAAUGAAAGUGAACAAAUGACUCGUUUGCGACAAGCCUGGAAUGCAGAGGGGUCACCUUUUAAAGGGCAACCUUUUGAUCCAUCAGUACUUAAGUUUAAUUAAAAAUAUUAUCAACCAGGUUGUCACAGCCAUCGUACGAAAGUGAAAACAAAAACGUAUUUAAAUUCUGUAACAAAAUAAGAUUAUUUUCUAUUCGUACAAAUCCUGUAACAGACCUGAAUGCAUAGAGACGAGACAACUCCGAUUUGUUAAACAAAAAUGCAACAAAUUAUAUGUUUGAUACAACAACAAAAUACAUUAACUAGAAUGUAUUUUGUUGCUGCAAGAGUUAGGUUUUUGACAAUUACGUCUCGUCUCUAUAUUACCCUAUACCUGAAUGUAUGUAUCAAAGUAUAUACAAGUAGUCUUACUGUUUGACAACAGUAGCUAACUCUAAACAUGUGUUAGUGAAAAAAUACCUAACUCUAAAUAUGAAUGUGUUAGUAACAAAAUUGUAUAUGUGUUGUUGCCUUUUUAAUUUUCACCAUACCUACAGAGUUAUAUAAAAUUGUGUUAAAUUUUCACUCGUUUUAUUUUCAAUACCGAAAAUUUAACUCUGUUUUAUAAAUUAAAUUCCACCACAAAUAAAAUUAAGUGUCAAAAAUUAUUAAAAAAUAUUUUUUUUUACGUUUUCGGAAAUAAAAGUUUGCUGCAAAGUAUUCAAAUAUUGUGUAGAAGUAUAAUAACGUAAA